AUGUCAGCGGAACUAUUUGCAAUUUCAGAAGCCAUGUCUUAUUCGUUUAACUUAAAACUUAAAAAUGUCGUAAUACUUACGGACAGCAAAAGCGCGUUACAGCACAUAGCUCGCUGCGCCUCUGGACACAGAGGCACAGCGUUAGCGUACACUGUGUUGCAUAAAUUAAGUACGAUACCCACUGACAUGAUAUUGAAAUUGCAAUGGGUCCCCUCACAUAUAGGGUUAAGAGGCAAUGAGGAGGCCGAUGCCUUAGCAAAAGACGCAUGCACAAAAGGCGCGGAUGUGUAUAUCUUUCCAGACUUUACUGAGAAACUACAUAAAUAUAAAAAUAUCCCGUCAAAAAAAUUUGCCUACUUGAUGAAAAAAGAACCAUCCCCAAAUUGCCAAGUUUGCGAUUCUGUUGAAGAUGUGCAACAUAUUUUGACGGAAUGUGCACGGAAUGAAAGCGAUAGACAAUCGUUACUAACUACCCUCAAGGUAAAUAGAUUAGAUAUAGGUGCUUUUCAGAGCAUCUUAACUGUACCGACCUCAGAAGAGGCUAAAAAGAUAUUUUUAUAUGUAAUAGAAUUUUUCAAACGGUACAAUACUAUCCCAUAAGUAGACAUGUAAGAAUACUAGUAUAAGGUACAAUGGGGCUGACAUAAUCAGGUAACUGAUUUAAGUCCCUAAAUA